AUGAGAGUCGCCAUAGCACUUUGGUAUCUUGCCAACUGUUCGACUUACCGUCAAUGCAUGAACCAAUUCGGAGUGGGUAUUUCAACAGUGGCAGGAAUCGUCUUGGAGGUCUGCUUGGCGAUAGAAUUGGAGCUACUCAGUAGAGUCGUGUGCCUUGGACCUGAUGUGGCGAGGAUUAUGUCUGGAUUUCAGAAACUUGGCUUUCCUCAUUGCAUUGGUGCAGUUGAUGGCACCCAUGUUGCCAUUUGCAAAUUUAAAGGCCGUGGACGGGAGUACAUCAACCGCAAGAAAUUCAAUUCCAUUCUCAUCCAGGGCACGGUGGACCAUACUGGAAGAUUCAUUGAUGCAGAGGUUGGCUGGAGUGGGCGGAACCAUGACGCCUUUGUUUUUGUGAAUUCUGCAAUUUGUACGGCAAUGGAUGCGGGGGUGUUUGUGCCAGGCAACCCCAGUCUUACAAUAGAGGGUGUAACCGUGCCACCACUCAUCAUAUCUGAUGCAGCCUACCCCAUGAGAAGGUGGCUGAUGAAGCCCUUCAAUAGGCCCCACACUCCCGCAGAAGCAUACUUUGACCGCUGCCUCACCAGAGCUAGGACCAUAGUGGAAAGAUGUUUCGGACGUUUGAAGGGGCGCUGGAGGUGUUUGAGGUCACAGCUUAUGGUUGCGGAGGAGAAUGUGACCUGCAUAGCUACCGCGUGUGUGGUGCUACAUAACAUUUGUGAAUUGAAAGGUCAUGGCAUUCCAGAGGAUGAUUCUCCCGUGAGGCCUGUGGAGGUGGAUGAGGAAUCUCUUGAACUCCCUGUGGGAGACAGAAGGCACCGGGAGGAGGGGAAGUUGGUGCGCGAUGCCCUUGCACGCCACAUGUUUCGAAACAGAGAAAUCUAA